UCGGUCAAUUUGCAUCUGGAAUCGGAAAUACUGAUGCAGGUUUUGUUCUGGGUACUGGAAAGAUUUUGCUCAAGGUAAGUAACUACUUUUAUCCUAUUUCUAAUUGUAUUUGAUUUUCACUUGGACCACAUGUAUAACUGUGCUUUCAGUUUGCAUCUGGAGACCACAUUCCUUUGAUUCAUAUACUUGUUAUUGAGUAUAAGUAGAGAAAAAAGGAUAUAUACCUAUGAUGAAUAUCUCAAAGUUUAGUUAAUUUCGCGUGGAUCGCAUGUCCAUGUCUCAUUUGACAUAUAUGGUAUCUACCUAAAGUUUUAAAUAGUGUCGUCAUUUAAGGGAGGCAAGCGCAUUGAAAUGUUUAAAAUUCUAUUCUUUAGAUCCCCGUGUUUCAGGUUCCUGCAGCUCUCACAUAGAUCUACUGUGAAACACAGGUUCCUCCAACUAUCAGAUUUGUAUUGGAUGGUGAAAUUCCCAAUUACAUACUGCUGAUAAAACAACAUAUGACUACCUUAAGGACAAGACUACUGUGUAUUAUGAACCUGUCUACAGUGAUGAGCAAGCCAGGAGAGCCGUGGAGCAAUGUUAAAAUUGUCUACAUGUGACUUAUAGGUCACGGUUUCAAGCCAUAGAAUCAGCCACUCAUGCUUGUGUCAGGGUACACUCACUUGGGGUGCGGGCUUUUCCCCAGCCCUUGCGUAAACAUGGAUGCAUCAUGGCUUUGUUGAAGAAAUAGCUUAGCAUGUAUGCUAAGAUGAUAUUCAUUAUGACUUAUGAGGUGAUUGCCAUAAAUUCCAGAUUUCUUGCGGAGUAUCAUUUCGACAUCUCAAAGUUGGAGCCCUUAGUAGCAAAGCAUCAUUCUCCUGGUAAUCGUGCUUUGGCCAGAGAAUGCGAAGAUGUUAAGAUUGACAGAGUAUAUAUUGGAUCUUGUACCGGUGGAAAAACAGAAGACUUCAUGGCUGCUGCCAAAGUUUUUCUAGCAUCAGGAAAGAAGGUCAAAGUUCCAACAUUUCUCGUCCCUGCUAUGCAGAAGGUCUGGAUGGAUUUAUAUACUAUCCCAGUUCCAGAAUCUGAUGGCAAAACAUGUUCACAGAUUUUCGAGGAUGCUGGCUGCGAUGCACCAGCAAGUCCUAGUUGUGGUGCUUGUAUGGGUGGCCCUAGAGACACUCAUGCUCGGUUAAACGAACCUCAGGUAUGUGUCUCAACCACAAACAGAAACUUCCCGGGGCGAAUGGGCCAUAAGGAAGGUCAAAUUUAUCUUGCAUCUCCAUAUACAGCUGCAGCAUCUGCAUUAACUGGUCACGUUACUGAUCUUCGAGAUUUUCUGCAGUAACAAUCUUGAUUAUUCAUGUUAAAACGCGCUAAAGCUUGAACUUUUCUUUGUAAUGUACACCUGAAGAUGUUUGUGUUUCUGACUUCUGUGACAAAAUACAGGUUUUUCAAGUACUCUUAGCUGUAGUUACAUUUAUUUGCUUGUGGAAAGUGUAAAGACGUGCUGAAUUUUUUGAAUCGUCUCAUUUAAAAGAUUAGUGUCUCGAUAUAACUUCUCUAUUA